AUGCCUCCCCAGCGCCAUCUACCGGCAUCUCCGCCACCUCGGGUGCGCCAACGCAGCCUUCGCGCCUGCGCGCCCUGUAGGAAACGCAAGAUCAAAUGCGAUGGUGCAGAUCCGUGUGCAGCAUGCUCCGGGUACGGCUAUGAAUGCGUAUAUACCGACCUGCCAGGGCGGCGGACGCGCGCAGCUACAGACAUGGCAUCGCCCGUGACGACGCACCCAGCGCGCGACGACGACGGCGUGGUGAGCGCCCCCGCGGCGACGACGACGACGUGGGCACCGGCCGAGAAAGUCGACGUGCCCUACAUGGCGACCGAGAGCAUUAUGCCGGAGUCUCGAGGCCACCCGCCGUCCGUCAAGACACGCUUCACGAGCGCGUACAGCGCUGUAGCUUGGCCGAAGCGGCUCGGGAUCAACCUGGGCAUGGCCAACCCGCCGCGGCUACAGGCCUUCGGCUGGAACACAGGUACCCGACCCGAGGUGACGCCCGUGCCGACGAGCUCGAUCUGUAACAUCCUCUCGCUGGAGGAGGCCAAGCACUUCGCCGACGUCUACUUCAAGGAGGUGCAUCCCUACUUUGGAAUCUUGGACCCGGAAAUGUUCAGGGAACGUUGCGAUGACUUCUGGGCCUCGGCCAGGCAGGGCACGGAUUUCGAGGCCUGCGUCUGUGGUGUGGUGGCUCUGGGCUGUUAUUUCUCAGUCUCGCCGCCAGCUCCUCCUUCUCCGGUGGAGGCCCAGGUCGUGGAGCAGGGGAGGAUCCUGCUGGAUCUGAGCUUUGCUCAUCCACCGGUCAUGAUCUCGGUGAAGCACGUGGUGGCAUGGAUUCUACGAGCUCUAUACCUACGGCUGACGACGAGACCACACGUCUCCUGGAUUGCAUCGUGCAACGCCGUCCACAUUGCUGAGGCGAUUGGGCUUCAUCGGGAGAUCAGUGAGUUUCAGCUGAAGUCCGACAUGCCGCGCCAGAUCACCCAGAUGGAAGUUGAUCAUCGACGAAGGACUUUCUGGGUGGCGACGGCCCUCAACCAGUUUUUUGCGUCGGAGUACGGCCGCACAAAGGUCCAGAUCGAUCUCAUCGGAUGCCAGCCCCUGAGUGCGACCGCUCAAUCUGGCGACAUGACUGCCCAGACGGUAGCCAUACUGCAAUCUGCACCUGGGCAAGCUCUGCUCGGGAGACCAGUAGAGCUAUUGGGAUCACUGGCAAAGGCCAUGGCGCUACCCGCGAAGUCACCAUUCCUUGCGCUCGUCAGAGCAGAUGUAUGUUUCUGUAUCUAUCGGAUGAUGUCUUCUACAAACUCGCGUUUCCCUUCGGAGCAAAUCCCAUCGUUUUUGAAUAUAAUACGGGUCGCCUUGGACGGAGUGGUGUUUCUCAGCAGCUUGAAGCAAUCCUGGUGGAAUGUUGUCAGCACCCCACUACAGUGUGUUGGGGUACUCUUGUCGCUAGGAACAACAGAGAGCUUGAGCAUGAUUCCUUCAGCUCUGGAGACAUUGAAAAACAUCACGGCAAUCUAUGAUUCGCAUCUCUCAAGAGAGGCUCUGAGCACAGGGUAUGCGCUGGUACAAGCAGCCCGGGAGCAGAGGAGCAAACAGCUGGAAAGCCUGGAUCGGGGCCUUGACGUUGUCGGCGAGGUGUCACAGAGCGCAAGCAGCAUCAUCACCACUCCGGGCGAUGAGUUCCAGUGGCCAAUGGAUAAUGAUCUAGGAUUCUCAGAUUUUCUUGACCUGAGCAGCUACUAUAACCUUACGGAUCGAGCCCUUGCCGGUCCAGCUCCUUAG